CUGUCACUCCGACACGCUGCACCUUGUGAUAGAAGACCGCCGCUAUACAUCCCGUUCGCUGUCGACCGUACUCGCUAAUCUUCUGGAUACGUCCCAACUACCCUCGCACAACCCGUGGGCACUACGUCACACGUCAUCCAUGCCACGCCCGCCCACGUCUUCACCUCCACCGGCUGGUUUCUCCUUCGCGGCCGGCAGCUUCGACUACCCGCACGCCUCAACGUCUCCUCUGACUGCGGCUCGACCUGGCAUAAGAAACGUCCUGCGCCUAGCCGACGAGCCCCCAGAGCGCUCGGAUGCCUAUGUGGAACGGCGGAGAUCCAGUUCGCAGGAAGCUAGGCGGCGCGUCAACCAAAGACGCCGGUUGCACCGCCUAUUGGGCCCACCACGAGACAACGACGAUACCGUGUACAAUCUGCUCAGACGGCCACCGACUGCGAAUCCGAACCAUCCACGAGCCACGCCUAGCGAACGCUACCUCCAACGCGCGCAGGCACGAAUCGACGAAGAGCGUGAAGCCAUUAUAAACUCUGUCACCGAACCCUUCGAUUCCCUCAGCGAGCGUCCCCCCAUAAUUGCCAACUUCGAGGAGUGGAUAAACAUGGCCAAUCGUCAACCAAGCCCAAGCGCACCGGACACAGCGCACAGACGGACAAAGCGGAGGAAACUAGAUCACGGCUCCAGUAGAAACGCCGAGUACCAGAGCCACAAGUACGGCUACAAGGGCCAGAUGGUUCCAGGACGCCUGUGCAUGGAAGUCGUUAGCUGCGACGGUGGUCAGAUCACGCGAGACAAUCCGAUGAAGAUCUACGAUGUGGGGAACGUCUUGAAAAACGACAAGAGCGUGUACUGCAGCGAAAGCUCUAAAUGCAACCUUUUGCUCAAGCAUAUUGGAGAUGCUCCUUUUGCUCUGGAGAAGGUUGUCAUCCGAGCUCCGGAUCGUGGCUUCACGUCUCCGUAUGUGUGCCCACUUGUGGCUUGAUGAUCUACUAACAACACUCAGCGUUCAAGAAGGAUUGAUAUUCGUGGCCAUGUCCGCUGGGGAACUUCUGACUGGCACAUCCACUUACCGACUGCAGCAUCGCACUCAUUCGCCAUCAGCCUCGCC